GGCGAGUCACCGUAGACAGAGUUGGCGCCGAUAAUCUGCGUCACUGAGAUUCUGCUGGACAGCCGCAAACAUGGAAGAAGCGAAAAAAGACAAAGAUAAACAACCCGAAAAAAUGGAGGAAACUGGACAGCUCGUCGGGAAAGAUAAGGAAAAGAAAGAGGAGCAGGAGUUGUCUGAAGAAGACAAACAGCUUCACGAGGAGUUGGAGCUGAUGGUGGAGAGACUUAGUGAGGAGGACACCUCCCUGCACCAGUCAGCCCUGGAGGAGCUGCGCAGACACAUCCGCUCCUCCACUACCUCCAUGACAUCAGUCCCCAAGCCACUGAAGUUCCUGCGACCACACUACGGCAAGUUGAAGGACAUCUACCAGGGCAUGCCAGAUGGGGACAACAAGCGGUUCUGCGCAGACGUAGUGUCUGUUCUCGCCAUGACGAUGAGCGGCGACCGUGAGUGUCUGAGAUAUCGCCUGCUGGGCUCACAGGAAAAGCUGGACUCCUGGGGACAUGAAUAUGUGAGACAUUUAGCAGGAGAAGUAGCCAAGGAGUGGCAGGAAGUGGAGGAGAGCGACACAGCCCAGCAGGAGGUGCUGAUGAAGCUGGUUAAGGAGAUUGUGCCCUAUAACAUGGCCCACAAUGCCGAGCACGAGGCUUGUGACCUCCUGAUGGAGAUCGAGCGGCUAGACAUGCUGGAGCAGUACAUUGACGAAAACGCAUACGCCAAGGUCUGCCUCUACCUGACCAGCUGCGUGAGCUACGUCCCUGAGCCAGAGAACUCGGCUCUGCUCAAGUGUGCCCUCAACAUCUUCCGCAAAUUUGGCCGCUACCCAGAGGCUCUGCGCCUGGCCCUGAUGCUCAAUGACGUCGAGCUGGUGGAGGAUAUCUUUGUUUCUUGCAAGGACAUUGUCGUCCAGAAGGAGAUGUCUUUCAUGCUGGGCAGACAUGGUAUGUUCCUGGAGCUGAACGAAGACGUGGAGGACUACGAGGAUCUGACUGAGAUAAUGUCCAACGUCCAGCUGAACAGCAAUUUCCUAGCUUUAGCCAGAGAGUUGGAUAUCAUGGAACCCAAAGUUCCUGAUGAUAUCUACAAAACGCAUUUGGAGAACAAUAGGUUUGGGAGCAGCGGCUCCCAGGUGGACUCUGCCCGGAUGAAUCUGGCCUCCUCCUUCGUCAACGGCUUUGUGAACGCAGCCUUCGGGCAGGACAAGCUUCUCACGGAUGACGGGAACAAGUGGCUCUACAAGAACAAAGACCAUGGUAUGCUGAGUGCCGCUGCCUCCCUGGGUAUGAUUCUCCUGUGGGAUGUGGACGGUGGUCUGACGCAGAUCGAUAAGUACCUAUACUCGUCGGAGGACUACAUUAAGUCGGGCGCCCUGUUGGCCUGUGGCAUCGUGAACUCGGGCGUCAGGAAUGAGUGCGACCCUGCCCUUGCCCUCCUGUCCGACUACGUCCUGCACAACAGCAAUGUCAUGCGGAUCGGGGCCAUCUUCGGGCUCGGCCUGGCCUAUGCUGGCUCCAACCGCGAGGAUGUGCUGUCCCUGCUGGUGCCUGUUAUGGGGGACUCGAAGUCCAGUAUGGAGGUGGUGGGCGUGACGGCACUGGCGUGUGGCAUGAUCGCUGUGGGGUCUUGCAAUGGAGACGUGACGUCUACCAUUGUGCAGACUAUCAUGGAGAAGUCAGAGCAGGAGCUGAAGGACACCUAUGCCCGAUGGCUGCCCCUAGGGCUCGGACUCAACCAUCUGGGUAAAGGUGAGGCCAUAGAAACCACCCUAGCUGCCCUGCAGGUGGUCCCGGAGCCCUUCCGCAGCUUCGCUAACACACUGGUGGACAUCUGCGCAUAUGCCGGCUCAGGCAAUGUGCUGAAGGUACAGCAGCUUCUCCAUAUCUGCAGCGAGCACUAUGACACCAAAGACAAAGAGGAGGACAAGGACAAGAAGGACAAGAAAGACAAGGAGAAGAAGGAGAGCACAGCGGACAUGGGCUCCCACCAGGGUGUCGCUGUGCUGGGCAUCGCUCUCAUCGCCAUGGGGGAGGAGAUCGGCUCAGAAAUGGCCCUACGCACAUUUGGACACCUGCUGCGCUACGGAGAGCCCGCCCUCCGCCGGGCCGUCCCAUUGGCUCUCGCCCUCAUCUCGGUCUCAAACCCACGCCUCAACAUCCUGGACACGCUCAGCAAGUUUUCUCACGACGCCGACCCUGAGGUCUCCUACAACUCCAUCUUCGCGAUGGGGGUAGUGGGCAGCGGCACUAACAAUGCCCGCCUUGCGGCCAUGCUCAGACAGUUGGCACAGUACCACGCCAAGGAUCCUAACAACCUCUUCAUGGUCCGGCUGGCACAGGGUCUGACUCACCUGGGGAAGGGAACCCUCACCUUGUGCCCCUACCACAGCGAUCGGCAGCUUAUGAGCCAGGUGGCAGUGGCGGGCCUGCUCACCGUCCUCGUCUCCUUCUUGGACGUCAAAAACAUAAUUCUGGGGAAAUCCCACUACGUGCUGUAUAGCCUGGUGGCAGCCAUGCAGCCACGCAUGCUGGUCACCUUCGAUGAGGAGCUGCGACCGCUUCCGGUGUCAGUCAGGGUGGGACAGGCGGUGGACGUGGUGGGCCAGGCCGGGAAGCCCAAGGCCAUCACAGGCUUCCAGACCCACACCACGCCAGUCCUGCUGGCCCACGGUGAGAGAGCUGAGCUGGCCACCGAGGAGUAUCUGCCUGUCACGCCCAUUCUGGAGGGCUUUGUCAUCCUACGCAAAAAUCCCAACUAUGACGCGUAGGGUGUCUUUCUACCUCUGAUCCCCAUGACUGCGGCUUUUUAAAGUCAUUCCCAUGGAGUUUAUCCCUCUCAGUUUAUAGUCCCUGAUCCAGAUGAACAUAUAGAGAAGGUUUUUGGAGACAAAGUUUUACUCAUCAGCUGGGAGAUUCAUUUAGGGAGAGCUAAGCCAAACCCCAUCUCAGCCACACCAUGAAUCACCAUUCAGGAGGGGAUACCAUCAUGCUGCAACAAGAAGGGGGCUGUUGUGACGGGGAGGGCUGCUGGAGUCCAGUACUAAUCCUGCAUUGAAUGAUCAGAUAUUAAACAGCACGCUGUCAAACAUGGUGAACCUACGCUGCUCCAGAUUCUCUACAUGAAGAUGUCACAACAUCAACAUCAGAUUUAUAAAUACCCCCAACUGCAUAAGCAGACAGGUUUGGCAAUAAACAAAGACGUGUAGAGAAUCAUUGCUUUGUUAAUGGAAAGUAUCCUUUUUUCUGUUUAAAACAACUGUCUACAGUACUUUUUUUUUAAGAUUUGGUAUAAUAUAGCAUAAAUAAAAUUACCUUAUUCGUG